AUGUCGCCUUGCUCUCGAGGCGCAAUAUCGCGAGCCCUGCGACUUGGCUCAAUAAGAUAUAAUGUCCAACCAACUUGUCGCCCACUAAUAUCCACUAUCCAGCUGUCGACAAGAACGACCCUACCGCAAACAAACUUCAAAUCUGGCCUCGCGAUACUCCCCCGUAACUCGCGCCGGGCUUUUUCGGCCGCACCUCUCCAAUUCCGACAGAUUCCUCCCGCAGAAUUUGCCACAGCUCUUCCGAUAUGCUGCCCUGGGUGCGGAGCUUUCACACAGACAAUUGAACCAGAGGAGCCGGGCUACUAUGGUGGAGGGCAAAAGCAGACGCGAAGGUUACUGGCUCGUCGAAAAACCGAGGCUGAGAAGGCAGCUUCCGAGGUAGCAGUUAAGGAGGCAUUGGAUACGGAUGAAAUUCCUCUGGAGACUAAACCUGUAGAAGAUGAGCUUUCUGUGGAGCCAAUGGUGCCAAAGCCGUCCCAAGAUGGUGCGUUGCCGGACGAUGUUAUUACUCCUCCAUCACCCCCUUCCGAGUCUGCAACACGAACUUCACACGUUUGCGAUCGCUGUCAUGAUUUGAUACACCACAACAAGGCAUUCUCUUCACCUAAACCAUCAAUCGUUUCCAUUCGAGAAUACCUCGACGAAUCACCUCAUAAAGACAAUCGAGUAUACCACGUUAUUGAUGCCGUUGAUUUUCCCAUGUCUCUCGUUCCCCGUAUCCACGAGGCGCUUGCCGCCCAAGAACAGCGUUCUCGAAACCGACGUUCUCAUACCGAGAAAUACUCUCAUGGGAAGAAGCUGCCAACUAUCAGCUUUAUCAUCACGAGGUCGGAUCUAUUGGCGGCUACUAAGGACCAAGUGGACUCAAAAAUGGAGUAUAUCCGUUCAGUCCUCCGUGAAGCGUUGGGAAAAACGGGUAAAGAUGUUCGACUUGGGAACGUGCACAUGAUCAGUGCUCACCGGGGCUGGUGGACAAAGCAAGUGAAGGAAGAGAUUCGGGAACAUGGUGGGGGAAUUUGGGUUGUUGGAAAGGCGAACGUCGGGAAGAGCAGUUUCAUCGAAUCUUGCUUCCCCAAGGACUCCCGCGGCCUCGACAAUAUGGCUGAGUGGAUUGAGAAACAGGCCGAGCAUGAAAUUGUAAACAAGCAUCAACCAGCUGUACAUGACCCUGAUAGUCUUCUCCCGCCGGCGCCUGAAGAGGACACCUACCCUGUUCUUCCAAUUAUUUCUUCCAUGCCAGGAACUACAGUGUCACCUAUCCGCAUUCCUUUCGGACGCGGAAGAGGAGAGAUGAUCGAUCUUCCAGGAAUGGAGCGAACCGAGCUCGAGAACUAUGUGCGGGAUGAGCACAAAAGAGAUAUCAUCAUGACAAAGCGCGUGAAGCCAGAUCGGAAUACCAUCAAGCCUGGGCAAUCUCUUAUUUUGGGCGGUGGCUUGGUGAGAAUUUCUGCGGUCAACCCGGAAGAUACCAUCAUGGCUGUCAGCUUUCUACCUAUUGAAUCUCAUGUUACGAAUACCGAAAAGGCUAUUGAGCUCCAGGCCGAACAGCGAACUUAUGUCGGUAAAGCCCUCAUGAUCGAAGGGACGGGCAGCUCCAUAUCAUCCGCCGGGAAGAUCGAUUUGAAAUGGGAUAUCACCGGCUCAAACCUACCUACCUCUAUCGCCAAAACUGUGAAAGACAAGGGUGCUCCAAUCCCACAUCUGCCAUAUCGGGUGAUGGCCGCCGAUAUUCUUAUUGAGGGCUGUGGGUGGCUUGAAGUAAGCAUCCAGCGCCGUAAUAAGCGCAACUCCGAAGAGGACACCGUCGAACACCCUCAAGUUGAGGUUUUCACACCUAAUGGUGAUUUUAUUGGAUCUCGCCGACCGAUUGAGUGUUGGACUUUUACAGCAGAGAAACUCAAGGCGGACAAGCGCAAGAGACCUCGCUUAAGAUUCAAGUAUAAAUGA